GUCAACUUGUUCGGCAUUCGCUCGCAAUACGCACUUGUGUACGGUCGUGUUCUCGCGUCGAAUCCAAGCAUAAUACAAAGCCCAAAACAGUUAAAGUUCAAAAAAACAUCAUUGCGUCGCCUGUCGGUUGCAAUUGAAAUCAAUUGAGUGCAAUUUGCGAGUGCAAAGUUUUUCUUCGAGCGAACUAAACAAAAAUGUUUGCCUAAGACAAUUUCGUUAAUUCAUCUGUGUCGCGUGUAUCGCUUGUUUGCCAAGUAAUCAGCGCCAAAAACCAAGUCACUGCCAUCAACUCCAAUCGACAAACAUAAACAAAGAGGCAACAACCAUGGCCGACGAGAGUCUGCACACAAUGCCGCUGGAGCACAAUAUAGACUAUCACAUUGUCACAUUGUUUGAGCGCUUGGAGGCGAUGCGCAAAGAUUCGCACGGGAACGCCAUCAACAAUCGACUCUCGAGCACCCUGCAGGUGCCCAAGCGCAGCAUGCAGGCCGAGAUACGCACUCUGGAGUUCUGGAGAUCCAUCAUCAGCGAGUGCCUAGCCUCGUUCCUGUAUGUGUUCAUCGUAUGUGGCGCAGCUGCGGGCGCCGGUGUGGGUGCCAGUGUCUCCUCCGUGCUGCUGGCCACGGCGCUCGCCUCCGGCCUGGCGAUGGCAACGUUAACGCAGUGCUUUCUGCAUAUAUCGGGCGCUCACAUCAAUCCGGCCGUAACUUUGGCCUGCUGCGUGGUGCGCAGCAUCUCCCCAAUCCGAGCUGCCAUGUACAUGACCGCCCAGUGCGGCGGAGGCAUCGCAGGUGCCGCCUUGCUCUACGGUGUCACCGUGCCGGGCUACCAGGGCAAUCUGCAAGCCGCGAUCUCUCACAGCGCCGCGCUGGCCGCCUGGGAACGCUUCGGCGUGGAAUUCAUACUGACUUUUGUUGUGGUGCUCUGCUAUUUUGUCUCCACCGAUGCCAUUAAGAAGUUCAUGGGCAAUUCGGCGUUCGCCAUCGGCGCAGCAUACAGCGCCUGCUGCUUUGUGUCGAUGCCAUAUCUGAACCCGGCGCGUUCUUUGGGUCCAUCGUUUGUGCUCAACAAAUGGGACAACCAUUGGGUAUACUGGUUCGGUCCACUCGUUGGCGGCAUGGCCUCGGGCCUGGUAUAUGAGCAUAUAUUCAGCUCUCGGCGCAGUGUGCGACAUGCCAAGGGCAGCAUUGACAACGACUCGAGCUCCAUACACUCCGAGGAUGAGCUCAAUUACGACAUGGACUUGGAGAAGCCGAAUAAGUAUCAGCAAUCCCAGGGCACCUAUCCGCGUGGGCAAUCGAAUGGUGGCGGUGCCGCGGCGGCCCAGCAUGCCGCUGCCAACAUGGCGCCAAUGGGCGUAGUCAACGCAGGCGCUGGCAACUACUGCCAGAAUCUGUACACCGCACCGCCGCUCUCCUCCAAGUACGAGCAGCAGCAACAGGAGCCGCUCUAUGGCGGCACUCGCUCCCUCUACUGCCGCUCGCCCACGUUGACACGCAGCAAUCUGAACCGUUCGCAGUCGGUGUAUGCCAAGAGCAAUACGGCCAUCAAUCGUGACAUUGUGCCACGUCCUGGACCGCUGGUCCCAGCACAGAGCCUCUACCCACUACGCACACAUCAGCAGCAGCAGCAGCAGCAGCAACAGCAGCAGCAGCAACAACAGCAUCAGCAGGCAGUCACGGCAACUCAAUCGUCUCAUCUGCAAAACCAGAACGUGCAGAAUCAAAUGCAACAGCGUACAGAGAGCAUCUAUGCCAUGCGUGGAUCCAUGCGCGGACAGCAGCAACCGCUGCAGCAGCAACAACAGCAGCAACAGCAGGCGCCAGUUGGCAUGCAGCAACAACAACAACAACAACAGCAGCAGCAGCAACUGCAUCAAGGAGCGCAGCUCAUGUCGGAGCCACAGACACAACCACAGGGCUUCCAGCCGGUCUAUGGUUCACGCAACAAUCCCACACCGUUGGAUGGCAAUCACAAGUUCGAGCGUCGGGAUCAGCAGCAGCAGCUCUAUGGCAUGACCGGUCCGCGCAAUCGUGGUCAGUCGGCGCAAUCCGAUGACAGUUCGUAUGGGUCGUAUCAUGGCUCAGCAGUCACGCCGCCGGCGCGUCAUCCCAGCGUGGAGCCCUCCCCGCCGCCGCCUCCCAUGCUGAUGUAUGCGCCACCGCCUCAACCCAAUGCAGCUCAUCCACAGCCCAUACGCACGCAAUCGGAGCGCAAGGUUAGCGCACCCGUUGUCGUUUCACAGCCGGCUACCUGUGCCGUUACCUACACCACAUCGCAGGUGCCCCCGACGAUCACGACCUCAACAGCACAGCAGCAGCAGCAACAGCAGCAGCAGCAGCAGCAACAAAUGAUGAUGCAGCAGCAGCAGCAGCAGCAGCAGGCACAUCAGCAGCAUUAUGGCAUGUUGCCGUUGCGACCGAACUGAAAGCGGCUCUCCUGGGGUCCCGUAACGACGCCGCCGCCAACAAUACACGCCGCACUCGCGAUCCAUCCCGCCGGCACCAUGACCCUGCACAGCUGCAGCCUAGCCAAGCAGAGCAGUUUGUUUUAGCUCACAGCUAACAACAACAGUUGUCCGGGCAUCCAAAGGAAAUGUGCGCAAAGUCCUAGCAUUUAGCUCAACCCAAUACCCAACACGUUUAAGUGCAGUUUAGACUUAUUUACCCUAGCUAUAUACACCUAUAUAUAUAUAUAGAAAGCCUAGAGAUAACAAUCGAAACAUAGCCACAAUGUAUUAAUAAUGUACGUCAAGUAAAACGGAACUCACACCUAGCAACAGCAACAACAAUAACCUUAAGUCACAAUAGAAUAUACGUAACACCCGAAUCCUAACUAAACCUAAUACUAUUCUAUAUCAUGGAAUAAGCGUAUAUAACAUAUUCUCUUACUAAAGUAUACCCCGUACAUUUAAUUAGGUCUGACAAAUUUCCAAGCAUUUUUAUUAAUUUUGUUGUUUUAAUUUUUUUUUUAAAUUCGUUAACCCUUUGCUUGGAAAUUGUAUAUUUAAUUUUUUGAUAAUGUAUUUAAGUAUUCGAAUUUGCUUUAACAAUUUUUUUAUUUAAUAUAAAGCUCAGUUUACAGCGUCACAUUUGUAAAAUCUCGACUAUUUAAAUGCCAAAUUUUUAAUUUUUUUCUAAAGCCUAAAUUAAAUUGUUUUAUAGAAUCACAUAUAAAUUUGUAUAUACAUAAAUUCUGAUGAAUAUUUAAAGUAAAUGUUACUAUUAACGAUAUUUAUGUAAAUGGUAGGCUAAUAUGCCUUAAAGUCGGCAUAUAUAUAGCAUAUAUAGGUAAUAUACAAAUAAAUACAUUACUCAUGAUAAAUUCUAUUUCUAUUAAUUGUAAUACAAUGUGUAUUGAUAACAUUGAAAAAGAAAACUAAGAUAUAUACUUAUAUAAAAUACAAGAACUGUUCUGUAACCUAGAUAAAAACAUUUAAUUAAAUUCUAUUUAGAACUUGCCUAAAAUACUCUCUAAUUUAAGAACAAAAUGACGAACCAGAAUGGUAAAAGUUGCCAAACAUUUUUAAGGCUAGAGUAACGAGCUGCACAGUUGGUUCGCUGCCAGCUGCCAGUUAAUGUCACAGGGACAUGUGAAUAAACAUACGAGGAAAAUUGUUCUAGUUGCGGCAAUUACAGUAACUUACUGUCAACUCUAACAAAGGGAUAAGCAAAGGGAAAGCAUAACAGUUUACAACUGAAAUUUCCCAAAAGGCAGAAAUUCCCUCGAUGCAGUGUUGCACAAUUAUGCAAGACUGCGAAGCUAGUGCAGUGCUAAGAAAUCGCAAAGUUAUGCACGCACUUUAAAACACUGCUGUAGCGCUUUUUUGUAUUUGCAUAAAUAAAGAGUGAAUAUUUAGCAUUUGA